UCUCCACCUCCCAUUGGGACUUCCAAGGCCUUGAAAGCAGUCAUCGGGUCACUUGCACCCCGGAAGCAGCGGAGAAUGGAGAGCAGAACGCCACCGGCGGCGGCCGAUGCCGGGUGCGGCAGAGGAGACGAUGAUCUCCUCCCCAUCCGGCGGCUGGAGAUCUCGGACAACUCCAAGGGCUUCGUCGAACUCCUCGCCCAGCUCAGCCACUGUCCCCCUCUCUCCGACGCCGACUUCCGCGCCCGCUUCGCUGACAUCGCCGCCCUCGGGGACGACCACGUCAUCUGCGUCGUGGAGGAUCUCCGCGCCGGCCGGAUCGUGGCCACCGGCAGCGUCUUCAUCGAGAGGAAGUUCCUCCGGGGCUGCGGUAUGGUCGGCCACAUCGAGGACGUCGUCGUCGACGCCGCCAUACGCGGCCGCCGCCUCGGCCAGCGGGUGGUCCGGUACCUCGUGGAGCACGCCAGGGCCGCCGGUUGCUACAAGGUCAUCCUCGAUUGCGAUCCGGAUCUGAGGGCGUUCUAUGAGAAGUGCGGCUUCUCGGAGAAGAGCGUCCAGAUGGCGCUCUACUUUUGAUACGGAGGAGCCUAGGGUUUUCCUCCUUUAAUUUUAUUCUGUGGUAACUUCUUUUAUUUCCUCGUAAAUUUUUUGUUGGUGGAUUGGCAAUUUUUUCUAUGUAUCUUGUUAAUUUUCUUCUCCAAUGGAUGGAUUUGUCUUUCUGAUUCUAAAUUCUUGGAUUAUGCCCUAGAGCAGAAUUAUUUACAUAUUGAUAGGUAUCAAUGUUGCAUGAUUUCAUUCUAUACAGGCUGAACUGAAAACUCCUGAUAGCGCAGCCUACACUUAAUUAUUGUUUUUACAAGGGAGGUAGUUGAUCUAUCUGUGAUUAAUCUCAAAGAUAUGAAAUUUGAUGUUACCGUUGGUUCAUUUCCAUCAAGAUACAUGUUUAGAGAUGAGCCCAAGGGCUAAAAUUAGGCUACAAAACCGUUGGGUAGCCCUCUCCCAACCAUGAUCAACGGGAGGCUGUGGAUACAACCUACAACUGUACCAGGAAAUCUCGUGCGUCCAUCAUGCUAUUACAAUGACAUUACCGUGCCCACGCACAACUAUCAAGUCCUAUACACUCUCCAUCUGUGCAAUGCACCUCUAUAUAUAAGUUGCAUUUUCUAAAUAUUGAUAUAUCACACAUAAUGUGACUCAAUCACAUGACCUCCUCUGAAGAGCAUGAUACCAACCUUGGAGUCAAGCUCUGGUUGGUGCUACCGUUGGUAUCUUGAUAUGUUUGCACUCUAUUUUCUAAGUUAAAAUACAAUUUUAAAGGUUUGUCAACUGGAUUAAAGAUUUUUUUGGGCUUUAUUUGUUAGAAUUUUUUAUUAUUGACAGAAUUAGAUGAGAUAGGGGAAGACAUUGAAGAUUGCUUGGCUAAAGGAAGUUGUGGCUUUAGUCCAACAUAAACUUACCAAUUUAGCCAUGAAAUCCUACAUUUAUGAAGUUGCCAGAAAGUAGAACUACAUCUGUUGAUAUAAAAGAAACAUGCGUGAAAUACUGUAGAAUGUCAUAAGAGAUUUGAUGUCACACAUUUGAGGUGCUUGUUGAAAUUCUGUAUAAGGAUCUGAUUGCCGCUGAAAUGGCACGUGCCAUGCCAAAGAAAAAAAAACAAGAAGAAGAAGAAGAAAAAGGACUUGAGAGCCCCUUUAUCAAACUCCUUUGGCCCAGUUCCACUGUUUUAUGAGCAGUGUAUGUGGAACCAGAGUAGUCAGAUGAGUUUCAUUAGGUUUCUAUAAAUAUCAUUAUAUUUCCCCCCAAAUUAAGCUGACUUUGAGGAGCCCAAAUAUGUGGUGAGGGUAUUGGCUAGUUAUUUUAUACUAGUGCCUUGAUAUUCCUGGGCUUAGUAGUAUGCUGUGGAAAAAUUGGAAAAAAUGAAGAGGGAGAGAGAAGAGAAAGCUCCGUUGGUCAACUUUAUUUAACUUUAUUUCACCCUCCUGAUAAAAUAAAGUGAACCACAUUAGCCUACUUUUUGGAUGUUGAGAAAUUGAAGUUAUCAUGACAUUUUGUGCUCUUCUCCUGCUGGUUAAACUACUAAUCAUCCCCUAACUAGCAGAACUAGCAUCCAAUUAGGGCCUAGAAAUUGCUGAAAUAGGAUAGAGUAAUGUGGAUCUCAAUUCUAACAACCUCUGUAAGUGGGUCUAUACAUUUUUUUGCUUAUUUGCUGGUUGGUUUCUUUGGCGGGUUUCUUACCAUGUACAAAUGGAAAAGUUCUAUACAGAGGUUAAAGAAUCCUAGUUGUUUUGUGAACUUGUUGCUAGAAGGGCUAUGCUAAAAUAUUUCAGGUAACAUUGCAAUAAGGGAAUUAAGAGGGUGGGCCUUGACGAUGGUAAGAUUCCUCCAUUAAAAUCUGGGUGUUACGGGUUAGAAAUAUGGAAAAGAACUCUCUGCAUGCAGGGAUAAGGCUGCGUACAUCUGACCCUCCCAGAUCUUGCAGCAGGAGCCUCAUGCACUGGAAUAUCCUUUUUUUAACGGCCAUAAGGAAAAUCCCUUAAUUGGCUAUCUUAAAUUUCAGGUCUGCCCAGUUACCUGUAGUGAUCAAUGACGCUCUUCACGAUGAUAUCCAGGAAGUGGAAGGACCUUAGACGAGAAUGUUCACGCUCCCCUCUUGUUCUAAUUUUUGUAGUGGCUCUGCUUUCUUGAAUGUUUAUGAAAGGUUCAAAAUCAUCAAUAUACAUCCUGAUCUUUCUUGUUCUAAUGUUGCUAGAGAUGAUGCUUUGCUUAAUCAUUCGCAGUUUGAUGAUGACAAGAUAGUGUACAGGAAAAUACUUGUCAAACACCAAAAGAUUCUGGUAAAGAUGGUGCUCCUUGCUUCUUCUUUUUUUUGUCUCUUGACAAACUAACUUGACUAAAGGUUCUGGUGAGGAUUGGGAUAACUAAUGAUAGUUUGAAAGUCAUGUUGAAAUUCUGAUUUAUGAGGUUGAUAUCUUCCUGCUUGGACACUGGAUUUUCCUUUGAAAGUUGAAAUCAGAUUGAAUCAAUUUGGUUUGUUCGAUGCCAUAAUUAAUAUAUUCAAGUGCAAGGUGGUGACAAUAUGAUAUGAGCUUUUGGUGAAGGAUAGCUUAAGCAAUGUAAUUUGCACUUAUAUCUCCUUUGACAGAUCAAGAAUGCCGAAGGGGUUGCAAGGAAAUAUUGAAUAAUAAUAAGCAAAAUUUUGGGAGGAAAUGAAUUGGAGGAAGGCUAUGCACCUUUGGGUUGAAGUAUGCUUCAAGAAAAGACGGCAGCAAUCUGGUCAGGUUUGUGAUUACCUGAGGAUAUGAAACAUGGACCAGUUGUGUGCUUUGCAAUUGUGCUGUUGAUUGUUGUGCUCUUUGGAGGACAAUUGAUGGAGUGAGUGGCAAAAGCUGAUGCUAGUGCUGGAUGAUAUCCGAUAUUUGCUAGCACAAAAGUGAAAGCUGAUGCUGGCGUGGAUGCCACAAGUUGUUGUGCUUGCCAAUGUGCUCUUGUGAAGCUUCUUUGAUGCACCCCAGGACUCGUUUAGGCUGGGAACCCUCGUGCUUUUCUAAAUAUUGCAUGUGUAGGUUUCAAUUGGAUCAUUACAUGCUUCCUUUAGUGGAUUGCAUUAUAUAAGGCUGUUCACCACUUACCUGUAGCUUUCUGUUUUGGGUGUUUCUGGUCCCAGGCCACUCAUGGCUCUUGUCUAUGGUGAAAAGAUGGUGCCAACUCUUGAGCUGGACUACCCUCUUGCCCGUUGUGUUCCAGCAUAUCAAUUUUCUUUUUGCCAUAUUAGAUGUUCUUAUAUUUCACGUUAGCAGUUUGAAUUUUUUAUACAUACAAGGAACUAUGAUAUCUGAAUGUGCAGUGCUCUUUGAGAUUUCUUUCUUUUCUUUCCUGAGAAAUCCAACCUAUCUUAAAUUCUCACUUCUUUUCACUUAUUUGUAAAUUCUACAGUCAGUAUGUGAUAUCUUUUUACAAGUUAUAUUUAUAGAAAAGCUUUUACUUCAAAUCCUUCUUGUUGGUGUACAUGAUCAAGAGUUCUCUGGGCCACCUCUGAAGAUUUUGUUGAGGUGGCUGUACACUCAUCAACGGACCAAUACAGCUUGAAAAAGGUUUUUUUAUCAAACUCCAUUUUUCCCAAAUACCGACUGUUCCUUUAUCUAUUCUUCUUGAAAUAUCAAGAUUAGGUGGCUCUUCUUAAUAUGACAUGCCAUUGGCUGGUUUGGUUUUUCAGUGCAUGUGCUCAUCAAUGUUCAAACUAGGGAACCUGCUAAUUAUUUGUAUAUUCUCCAAAUCUUUUCCUUUGGACUUUGAUCUUCACCAUUUUAAAGAACUCCGGAAUAUUAAUCUAGCAGAGCUAUGAUAGCUUCCUCCAAUUGACUUAAGAUGUGAGAUCACAAGAUCGUGAGUCCAGAUUGUGGUGGGGGCAUAUCAAUUGUGUAAGGUGCAUUGCAUCGAAAUUUAUACAAUGCUGGAAUCACAUUUACCCUUGUUCUGACAGUAUUUGAAUCAAUCUCUCAUCUAAAUGUUUCAGAGAGUUGAAUCUAGUUUUAUUUAUUUAUUUAUUUAUACUAUAGAAGAAAUUUAUAAAUGUGUCUUGAGAAGUUAAAACAGCUUGCAUGAAACGUGCUUUUGUUUCUACCUUCCAGAGUUAGGUACCAAGACCAGCCAUCAGACUGGUUGUCCUUUACAAACUUGUUCUCCAUGGUGAAAUCGGCGAGGCAUUCUGUUUUCUGAUGAUCCAAAAAAGGUACAGUCCGUUAAAACCUUUGCUCUGUGGGAAUCAUUUUUGUGAUGGAUUUGUGGGGAUUUUGGUCAAAGGAGUCCCUGGAAGUCUUAUGCCGCUUUGUUUCUGCCAACGUUUCAAUUAUGCUGAUGUACUCUGGUGAUGCUUCUCUAUGAAAAUAUUAUAUACUGUUAUUAUGUAAAUAAAAGGCUUAUUCAUACAUUCAAGUUUAAAUAGAUUUUCUUGAAGAAUAUGGUAAGAGUAUAACACAUGUCGCAUAAAUGCCGCAUAAAUGCUGUCAUUCUAGUCAUAACACAUGGCUGUUAUAGCAGAGCGGCAGAUCAAGUAGGAGAGGGGGGGAUGUACCACAAAAAAGAAGGGAAAAGAAAAAAAAGUAGGAGGGGGGGCCACGGCCUCUUAUAGGUUCUUAAGUGCACCCUCCUUGGACUCCAUUGAAAAUCCUACCUAAUUUGGUACAAUGCAUAUCCUCUAAUAGAUGAGUCUCACUGAUUUCAACUUGGAUUUUUUAGGAAUUUGAAAAGGAUCUGAACUUUUAAUAAAUGCUAUAUGAUUUGCUAUUAUAGCAUAGGUUCUAUUUAUUCUGGAAACCUCGGGGUAGAGAUUUGAGACUUUAAUGUUCACGCAUGGAUUGUUCUCUUAAUUUUGAAUCAUCUCUUUGGACUUUCAAUAAUGAUGCAUUUCCAUAAGAUCUUAACAGCAAUUCAUGUUUUAUUGUUCUUUAAUAUUGUUUGUAACUUUAUCUCUUUUGACCCUUUUUGUAUUGUACAUUUUAAGUUAAAAGAGUUACUUUUUUUUGAGGGAAUAAGAGGGGAAAAAUCCCAUCGGAGUUUUUAUUAGAAGAACAAUAGAGUUAGAAUUAGUGUUUCCCUAUUGUCAUUGAUGUCUGGUUUUGAGCUCUUAAUUUUCCCCAAAACAUCUUCAAUGAAAUCAGGAGGGAAGUUCCACCAUUUAGUUUCGAAAGCUAAGUCAUUGAUAUUGAAAGCAAAGUAAAAAAUAAAUAAAAUAUUUCCAAUAAGAUUACCCUUCUUAUAUUUUUUUUUUUGUAUUCUCACUAUUCAUUUCUUGUUAGUGAUUGAAUAUUCUAGGAUUCAUCACCUCCUCUCUUUCUCUGUGAUCUUUUUUUUAAAAAAAAGUUCUUAGUUAUUUAGAUUAUAUUGUAAUAAAUUUGACUAAUAUAUUUUCUACAAAUAUUGGUCAAGCACAAUUUCAACAUAUAUUUUUUAUUAAUAAUUUUUUGUAGUCUUUAUACUGGCCCUUUUAAGGAAAAAAAUCUGGAUCGGCUCUUGUAUUUAUGCUAAAUAACAACUUUUAUUUAAAUGCUGUUAUAAAUGCCUAUAUGUAUAUAUAUAGACACAUAUGUGACGCCAGUGGUCCAAGCAACUGUUAUGAUGGUCUUUAUAUCAUUACGAUGGCUUUUAUAUCUUAAAACAUGGUUUCUGAUAGCUUCCUUUCUUUCUUUCUUUUACCUUUAUUUUUCUAAAUGAUAAUGUUCUCUUACCUAGUUGCUAAUUAAAAGAAAGCCUUUCUGCACUCUACCCAAAAAAAAAGGCCUUUCUGCACUCAAAAGGGUGAAUCUGCUCAAGCGAAGAUGAGGCAAUGACUCCACGCUACAGAGGAGCUACUCAACAACCGUUCAGUUUGUGAGAAAUUUUUUUUCUCAGUAUUUGUGGAAACCAUGCUUGAGUAUAUAAUAUCUGAAAAAAUAAUCUUUACAUAUUUAGUUGGUCAGAAAAAAAGGCACAUUUUAAGUAGCUUAUGUUUGGAACAUCUAUAUUUUUAGAAAAGUUAGAUUAAAUAACUGUUAUACUUUAAUAGAGAGAAAAAUUUUAUCUUAUUCUAUCUAAAAACUUAAAUUUUUUUUUGAAAAAACUAUUCUAAUUUUCAGACGAUAAAAUUAGACUUUUUUAUAUUUCAUAUGAUUUUUUUAUAAAAUAUAAAAAAAUUAUUUCUAUAAAAAAAUAUUUUUCCAUCUUUCUUCCUUAAAAAUUCUAGGCAAAUAUAAAAUAUUUUUUUUAUUUACUAUAUUUUUCCCAUCCUCUGGGAACCAUAUUUUUAAAUAGCCAAUAUUCAAAAGGGGUGUGAUGGUUGUGGGGAGCUUUGCCUUUAGGUGCGGUGGGCAGGCACCAAGCCCAAAGGCGAUCUGCUGUUAGCUUUUUCCUCUUUCUGAUCUGCCACAAGUGUGAUACCGAGUGGCCACCAUCUUGACGGCAGGAGCUUUAUCCAGGUGAAUGCGAGAUGAUGAAAUCUGUGACUUCCAACCCUUUUGUUUUGAUGCUGCUAAUCCAACCAGCAGAGUGAAAGGUGCGUCCGUAUCCCGUUCUGGGCACGCGCCGACUCCCUUGAAAAGGAUAAAAAAGAAGUCUUAUCCUCAAGCACGACCGACUCCUGGCUCCAGCCAUAUCUGAUCAAGGAAACGUGAGCGGGACCACCGGACCCGUCUCAUCCAACGGUCACGAUGCACGUUGACGCCAAGACCGGCUUCCACGCUACGGCGGGGUGGCGGACCUGAAGGGGAUCGUCCCUGCAACGUGGCCGUCACGUCCACCAAUGAGGGGAUCCCUCCUUUUCUAAAGGGUAUCGUGAUCCGUGAGUUGGACACAGCUUCUCCUAUCCCCAAAUCUCCCAUCCCAUUAUUCCUAUCCUCUCCUUUUCCCCCAUCUAAUUGCAUCCUGGGAGAUGGAUGGGAGAAAGAAAAAGGAAACCUUGCCUCACGAAAAGUUUUGAAUGUGAUCAUUUUAGCAGCAUGAGUCACACACGGCUACUUAUUGGUUUAAGUUGUCAAUAUAAUGUCCUAUAAAAUUCGAGAAGCCAACGGUUAAUCACUUCAUAUAUGGUAAUGACUGUUUAUGAUU